CCGCCUCCUAUAAUCUCAAAUCUGCAAGAGCGGGUUCCAGACGGCAUUCAAGCAAAACAUUAUUUCGAAUAUGCAUUGCUCCGCAAGCACGGUUUUGUGUUGGACAUCGAGGCCGCCAACCUCUAUCCCGAUCAGAUCGACGUUGUGUAUUCUUACCGACGCGCGCCUGUUAAGUACUCACAAUGGGUUCAUCGAUCUGGAGUGGCCUUCGUGCAGGUCCUGGGGGCAUCGGACGGCUUCCUGUUCUUGACCAAUCGUCUGAUGGCGCCCGGCCGCAUUGGCACAGCAAUCAAG